CGUGCCCCUCGACCCCCUGCAAACGCACGCCGACGCAAGCGGUAAGCGGCAAGGCUUGACUAUAUUCUCAUCUCGUAGCUGGUGGUGUUCCACUAGUUUGGGACUGCGUCUUCCGCACGGUAACGAGGGUGUACGACGCCUCGUAAGCAUCGGCUGCGGGUCGGUCUGAUAGUUGAGUUUAUUUAUUUGUUUAUUUAUUAUUUAUACACUCAUUUUGAACAUCUCUUAUACAUUCUCCCCGAGUGUGGUGUGUGUUUGGGUAGGAUGCUUGUGCGUGGGUGCGGUGUUGCACCACCCAACAAUUACCAGCACCACCACCGUAACAACGAAGAUAAUAAUAAUAACAACAACAACAAUAAUAGUAGUAACGAUAAUAAGUACGAGAGCGGCAGCGUGACCAGUGCGACGCCGAAUAUCAAAAACGAGAACAAAAGGAGCAGGAGCAAGAAGAAUCCCAGACUGACCGACGACAGUGCAGGGAAGAUAGAGCAGAAUAUUAUCGAGAGGUUUUACCUUUCUAAGUCGAUCUGCAGGGAUUGCCUGCACGAGAUAUUUUCCUCAAACCGCCGAAGAGCAGAUCAGCGAAGAGCCAGCAAAUUAUUUGUACUUAUUACGAAACGACGGUUAAUUGUGGUGUUGGUGGUGUUUGUUCUCGUUGAUAUCCCCGGAGAGGUUGACGCUCUAUCUUCGAGUUCUGUGCGGCGGGAUAUAAUAAUAUUAGUAGUAGGAUAUUUUUUUACUAUUUUCUUCCUUAGUACAUUUUAAUACGGUUUUUUAACCAACCGCCAAUAUUUACGAGUGCCUAGAUAACCGUUGUGGCGGUAAUAACAGAAACAUCUUCAGUGAUAAUAACUCAUUACCGCCAACAAUUUUACCAAAUAAUCAACAUCAUUGUAAUUAUCGUCAAAACUAUUACCCCGAAACGCAACAUCAACAAUCCGGAUUGACAUCGUCUACACAUCUCCUCAUGUUCAUCCCGGAUACUCUAAGGAGCUGUAUGGUGGAACCGGAUGUGUCGACAUAUCUUCAGGCUCCUUCCGUAGGACAGGAUGAGUUCCAUCCGUUUAUAGAAGCUCUGCUACCGUUCGUCAAGUCUUUCUCGUAUACGUGGUUCAAUCUACAGGCAGCCAAGCGGAGAUACUACAAGAAGCACGAGAAGCGAAUGAGCCUCGAAGAGGAAAGACAGUGCAAGGAAGAACUGCAGAAUGAAAAAUUAGAAGUAAAACAGAAAUGGGCCUCGAGAUUGUUGGGGAAAUUAAGAAAGGACAUAACGCAGGAAUACCGAGAGGAUUUUGUUCUUAGUAUAACCGGAAAGCGGCCAGCGAUGUGCGUCCUCAGCAACCCUGAUCAAAAGGGCAAAAUGCGUCGGAUCGACUGCCUCCGCCAGGCGGACAAGGUCUGGCGGUUGGAUUUGGUAAUGGUGAUACUAUUCAAGGCGAUUCCCCUCGAGUCGACGGAUGGCGAGAGAUUAGAGAAGACAGCGGAAUGCGCCCAGCCCGGCCUAUGCGUUAAUCCUUAUCACAUCAAUGUCUCCGUCCGAGAGUUAGACCUUUACUUGGCUAACUUCAUCACCAGCCACGAGGUUCUCAAUGGAAUCUGCAACACUAGCAAAGACGAAGAAAGGAGACGAAAAGGUGGUUAUCACGAACUCUACAACGGUGUCGUCUGCAACGACACGAUCCUGGCAACGGGUGUCUUCAGUUCCAAAGAGCUAUGGAUGCUCUCGAAAGCUUCCAUACUACAUGACCUCAGCGACAUGCAGCCCCAAAUAAACUCGAUCAAAAUAGAGCACCCGCCGUACUACUGCAGCAGCUACACACCGCCAUCAGCCGCUUCUGCGGACCAUGCACAACCUGCGGCUAGCUUCAGCCCCCCGCCUGUGCAUCAGCUGAUAAGAAAUGACAACAAGACUGAAAAAGCACCGACGGUAUCUGUCUCGAGUGCUUCGAAUUUUUCGCCCGUCUUGAGGCCGGAGGAUGCUCACCGAGGCGUUGACUCUCCGCACUCUCAGACCGGGUUACAUUCUCCUCACGAAGCAUUAGCUGGUGGUUCGGGACAGAGCAUGUCGGGUCUGGCUUAUUAUCAACCUGAGCACCCUGGAACAGCGGCGGCAGCCAAAUACCCAGAAAAUGGUCACGACACUCUCUCGGAUUUUGUCACGUUUGUUUGUCAAGAGGCUGAAAAUACCCAGCAGCUACCUCAGACGCAGCUCGCUGGAACCCGUGGUGGCAUACAAAAGUUUUCACAGUAUUACCCAAGCUCGAUGUUACCGCCCCCGCCGCCCGCCCCAAUGGCGCGACCAGUCGCCAUCAUAAGGUCUACGGGGGAGCUGACGGUAGCGACGGCCGGAUCUCCGCCGACGUCGUCGACCUCUCCGAACGAUCCGGGGGACCUCGGGGCCAGUCCGGAGCAGAUGGCGGCCGCCGGUCUGGUCAGCUCCUCGUGCCAAGGCUCCAUCGACCCCGGCGACAGGAAAAGCCCAGCAAGGAUCCUCGUCGCCGCGCCUCACACGAGUCGGGAGUACACCUUUGCCCAUUUUCACUCUCAGCCCGGUCAGCAAAUAUUCACCUAUCCUACCAUCAGCUCGAUGUCUGGUGUCAUUUCGCCGACCAAUUUGUCCCUCUUCUCGUCGCCCGCUUCCGUAAGUCGACCUGUCGCUACGCAGAGAUCGGUUUCCAACGUGCCACCCCGUUGGAGCGCUGCACCCUUCAUCAACUUGGAAGACGACUACAACAUGAUGGCCCCUAUAAUCGCUGGCACAGCCAGCGAACCUCCCUCGGCGAUGGACGAGGACCGGUACUUUCAUUCGGUGCACGCGAACAGUGGGAUGGAUAAAAGCGGUAAUGGCGGAAUGAUGGGAACCGAGCUUGGAGUGGGAAAUGAUCCGUCGAGUCACCAUCAUCACCAGCAGCAGCAGCAACAGCAGCAACAACAACAGCAACAACAGCAGCAACAGCAGCAACAACAGCAGCAACAACAAGUGAUGCAGGAUAAGUCUUGUCGGCCGAAAUCUUCUCCGUGACACCGGGGGAUUUCCCAUCUUCUUCAUUUCACCGCAUACUCAUCCCCGCUUGUCUGCAGCAACAGCAGAUUUCCGUUCAUUGCCAUUUACAUACUGAUCGCUGCUGAUCACCACCACCUGUACCACCAUCAUUUUCCGUCGUACGGAAGGUGCCUUUUCAUCGUCACACACGCUAUUUUGAUAUCAACAGUUCUCCUUCAGUCGUCUGCAUCAUGAUAUGCCCACGUUUGCCUUUGAUAAAUAUACGAGGAGAGCAUAUCGACGGCCGCGUGGAAAAACCUGCUAUCUCGGGUUUCGAUUGAAGAACCGGAUAUUUCGGAUGUUAGUGCAAAGAAUACCUACUUUAUCCACCGAUUCAAAUCUCCAUUCGAAACUUUUUCUCUUUAAUGGGCAUAUUUUCCCACCUCGCUCCUGUACGUGGAAAUAUAAUAUUAUUAUUAUUAUAUCCCCAAAACGGAGCUUGCAUGAAUUUCGGAACACAACCGCGAGUUUAGUAUGGAGCCUGACAGUGCUACCAACUAAAUUUGCGGUGGAAAAAUUUCACGAAUGAGAUAGCCGUUUUUUUAAGCUAAGCUCUAGAUAGCCGGUUCUUCAAGCGCAAUUCGAAAUAGCCACUUUUUCCACGCGGUAGUCGAUAUAUUAUAGUUUUGUCACCACUACGAUAUUAUAUAGAACGUCUAAAUUAUUGUUAAUCCGUAUUCGCGGUUCAAUUUGAAGAAAAAAAUAAGAGUAAUAAUAAUAAACAAUAAAAGUAAUAAUAAUUUAAAAAAAACGUCGCUCUCCACGCCGGACUGAAACCUGGGUACCUGUGAAAGAAUCUUUAUUCAUUUCCAAAAACUCGUUUUCGGUUACUCACUCCCAACGCUUGUAUACCUGUUCAUGUAUUUCCGACGUAAUCGGUAGGUAUAAUAUCAUUCAAUCAUUCGUUGAUGUUUUUCUCAGCUGUGCAGCCACCGCAAUACUUCGAAGAUUACAGCGCCAUGUCCCACCUUUUAUACCCUGUUUUAAUUUUGCAAACUACACACAUGCAUAUAAUAUCGUUUACCAGAAAAACGAGCAAGGCGGAAAAAAGGAAUUUUCUAUACGCACACAAAUCGAGCCGUGUAACUUUCUUCACUCAUCUCUGCAGAACGCGUAUUACAAAAGUUUCGAAAGUAUGUACCAGGUUUUUUUUCUAUAUGCAUAUACAUAUAUACACAGACAUGGUACAUAUAUAUGUAUGUAUAUAUAGUAAUAUUAAGUAAUGUAAGGUUAGUAACCAUGACUCAGCGGAAUGAAUAAUUCGUGACGCUUAAUUGUGAUAUUAAUUUUUUUGUUUCCCCCCCUAAAUUCAUACACUUGCAGUAAAAGUGUAACGCGUUCAAGUUAUAUAUCGUAUACAUCUACAUGUGUGUACAUAUAUGUAUACAUAUAUGCACACGUAGACAAAAAUUAUAGAUAUACCAAUAUACAAUAACGCGAUUGGUAAUUUGCUCAAUAUCCCAUUGCCAAGCAAUUAAAUAUUAAAAACGCAAUUAGCGAUCGUGUUGAAAGAUUCUUCCGCGCAGAGUGUAAAACCGAUCGUUCUUCCAUCGUUAGCCAAACUCUUUUCGUCCAUGUCCGGCGGUGUUAUGGUUCUCAACGGUUAUUAUUAUUUUUUCUCUCUCACUACUAUCGUUACAUUUCAAGUAAAUUUUACUCGACUAUUAUUUCGUUUUUUCUUCUGUAUUUGUUUUUUGUUGUUUGUUUUGAUUUUUUGUUCGUUUGUUUGCCUUUUUUUUGGCUUCAAACGUAUCUAGUCAAGUGUACAUGCGAUUGUCAAUUGAUAGAAUAUUUUUCUAAUAAUCUUAGAGUACGUGCGGGACGGUACAAAAGUUAUUAUCAUGUUGUGUUACGUUAUACAAUUAAUUAUUAUAUAAUAUGUCGACAAACGGAAAAAAAACAAAAAAAAAAAAAAACUUGUAAAAAAAAUGAAAAGAAAAUAAGGCGACAAAAAAAAAAGUUACACUUAUUUUUAUUUCGCAAAACGCGAUGCAAUAAAUACUUGAUAAUGAUAAUGAUAAUAAUAUUAAUAAUAAUAAUUGAUAAGAAUAAUAAUAUUAAUGAUGAUGACGACGAUGAUGACGGCGAUGAUUGAUAACAAGGUAAAUGAGAAGAGGAUUAAAUUUUAAAUUAAAAGAAAAAAAAAAAACCACGUGAGUUAGAUGUAAAAAAAUUUCUAUUAAGUAGUACGAUGUAUUUAUUUUGCAUUAGAAAUUAACAAAAGUUGUAUAGGUCUGUACAGAGGCAAAGGAAGGAAAAAGAGAAGACAAUUCCUUUUUAACGGACAUGGAACGGGAGUGUGUAGUCAUUAACAAGUUCGUCGAACAAUUAAUUGUAUAUGCCUAAUGCUCAGGCUAGUGCUAACACUAGUUUAAGACUAGUGCGCGGCUAGUCACCAGAGGCUGCUAGAUAGAAACAAAAUUCAUGAUAACUAUUAUUAAUGAUUAGCGAUUAAAAUAGUAUAACAGUAAGAUUAUACAUAUAUUAUAUAUUAUACAUAUACUAAAAUUGCAAACCAACGGCAGAUAUCCUAUAAUACCCAAAUAUGCUUCCUAACCUAUAUCGAAUACCUAUACCUAUAGCGUAUAUACCUACAUUAUAUUUAUUCUUUCUAUAUACCAACCACUUACCGAAUACUAUUAAAUUAAACCAUUAUUUACGUUAUUCGCGAAAGCUUGUUAUAUUAUAUACCUUAUACAAACUUAUUUAGAAUAAACUGAAAGAGUGCGCUUCCAUGCAAUUCGUGAAACAUAUACCGCUAUACAAUUUCUAUAAACGCGCCAAUGAACUGUUAAUUGUUUCUUGAGGUUGUGCAAUACCAGAAUUAAAGCAACAUGGUAAUAUGAAUAAACAAAGGUAUUUGAAAGACCAUUUAUCUGUUGGUGUAAAUUCUCUUAUUUAAAUUUUGUUUUUAGAUAGACAUAGUUGACGCAAGCUUUUUCUUUUGUACAAGGAACAAAGUUUUUUUCGUUACGAGCGUAUAGUAAUAAUGAUAAUAAUAAUAAGUUUACAUCGAACAGAAUCUAAUCUCUUUUGAAAACGAGAUUCCGUACAGUUGGUAUUUAUGUUAUUAAUUUUCACCAUAUCACACCGUAUGUGGUUGCGACGUGACGACUUGUCCAAGAUCCUGCGGGAACCAAAUUAAAGAUAUAAAAUCGUCGAUGCACUUACGAAGUUCGAGAUGCGACGAUAACUGCUCGAGAAAAGCGGAGAAGCAAUAUUUUUAUAGAUAAAACUAUUAGAACGCGACCAAAACGUAGCAGUAAAUAAAUAGACGGUUAAAAUGCAAAUGAUAAACAUAAUUUAGCAUUUAUGUACGUGAAAACCUAUCUCGGAGCACACAAAUGAAAAUAAAAAUCAACGCAUCAAAAUUAUUCCAAAGAUAUUUUCUCCCACGUUUAAAAACUCAUUAUUUACCAGUAAUUCUCAUACGAGUACGAUAAAUAGUAUCGCAAGUACAAGGUACCCGCAGAUAUCUUCUUCUAAAUAAAAUGGUCUAAUUCUUUCUAAAUUGGUUGCCGAUUUUAAACAAAAGGCGUACGUGUUAAUUGAACUCUUCAAUUUACGGCAGGCACUGUUUCAGUUGAUACUAAUUUCGUAUACCUAUAAACCUACAUACAUAUUUAUGUAGCGUACUAUGGUAAUAUUGAAUAUAAAAGUCAUACAACUUUUAGUAUUACUGCUAAACUACUACUACUACUACUACUACUACUACUACUACUACUACUGCUGCUAUUACUACUACUACAUACUGUUACGACUACUACUACCGUUGCUAACACUAAUACUAUUAAUACUACUACUACCACUACUAAUACUACAACUACUACCACUACUACCGUUACCACCAUUAUUACUACUACCAUAAUUCGAAGUAACGUAUACCGUACCAUAGAAGAGAAAAUAAAUUAAUAUAAAGAUGAAAGAAACUUACACAUACAGACACACGAUGUAAAUAUUAUUCAUAAAAUGCUGCGUAAUUAUUACGCGGUAUUAUAAAAAUUGUGCUCGUUGACUGUAAGGUUAAGCAAUAACCCUAAUUACUAACAAAACUGCAAUUACGCAAGUUAUACCAAUAUCAUGUGAAUUAUUAACAAUGAAAAAUUAUUGUGUCUAGUGUUUUCGCAAACGAGAUGUAAAACGUUUUUUUACUCUAUAUGCCUCAAGUAAAAAUCGAUGGCACAAUU